CUCCUUCCCCCCUCCCCCGCAACUCCUUCCCGCCCCUCCCCCUUGCUUCUGCCCCUGGCCAGGACCCCGCUCCCCUCCCCAUACGCACAGAUGUCGUCGAUUGCCGUCCAGUCGGUCGCCACCAAGGUCCCCUUCGCCCAGAAGGUCGCCCGCGGUGCCCGGAAGAACCUCUUCGAGGUGGUCGUCUCCCGGAACCCGGUUCUCGGUGGCAACAUCAACUCCGGCGGCCAGCGCGUGGCCCGUCGCGGCUGGGCCGGCCACGAGUCCUUCGUCACCCUCACGCGCGUGCUCCACCGCAUCGAGGAGAAUGAGAAGGACAAGUCCCUCCGCCUGUGCGGCGAGGCCUGGGGCGUUCACACCUGGCGCAGCGCCACUGAGGACCUCCCGCGCGCGGUCAACGGCGUCCUCAAGAAGGAGUGGCGCUUCUACAGUGGUCUUCUGUCGCCGCACACCGAGACCGAGGUGGCCAAGGCCAUCGCCCGCGGCGCCCUCAACCCCAGCCCGGCCGUCCGCCACAUGGUGUCCCUCCACCUGCGCACCCUGAUCGACAAGAACUUCUCCCCCUCGGCCAAUGACCUGGAGCAGGACAAGCGCGACCUCGCCUUCAGCGCCUCCUCCGUCAAGUCCCACCAGACCCAGGUCCUGGAGGGUCUCGUUGCCAUGGCCGCCCGCGACCCGGCGGUCGCCGCCUCGAGCCAGGCCCCGGUCAAGACCUCCGGCCACGCGCGCACUGUCUUCGCCAACAACGCCCGGGUCAAGGUCCUUCGCCGCAAGCUUGCGCGCAAGCAGAAGCGCGACGCCAAGAUCAAGCGCUCCCAGUCGAUCAACUUCAAGCCGGUCUACUCCCGCAGCGAGGACAAGUCCAUCUCCAAGUGAGGGCCCGCCCGCCGAGUGCAUCACCCUCCCCUCCCGCCCCCUCCCUUUGUUGUUUUUUUUUCCCCGUCUCUAUUCCUCCCCCACAGUCCUUGUUUCUCUCCUCCGCUCCCCCCCCCCUCCUUUCGAGCUGGCGUGCCGUGCCUCCACCCUCCUGCUGGUCCCUCGCCGCCCGAAAGAAUAUACAUAUAUAGAUCCA